UUUGUGAUUUUUCGUCAGUAAGAACAAAACCCUGCUGUAGUCAACACCUCUGUUAUGGUGGAAUGGAACUGUGUCAUUCUGAAGGCUAUGACGAGUGUCAUGUGAGGCCUAUUUAUAGUACAUUGGGACAUCUUAUCGCUAUUAUUGAAAAGCUGAGAAAGGAAGAUGAUCCCGACCCAGACCUGCCCAGGAAUACAAUAAAACUACUGCUGGAAUGUGAAUCAUGUCUUGAUAAGAUGGCUGCCCAGGGCAGUUCUGGGAUAAUGGCAUUAUCACAAGUCCAAUCAAGGACUUCUAGCUCCCAAAGUGAAAGGGAGUCAAUUAGUUCUGAGCUUGAUGUGAAAAAUUCAACUAUGAAGUUGAAAAACUGUGAGCAGAAACUGAAAAACUUUAAAGAAAAGAAUAAAAAGUUUCUGGAGAAGAAUAUAGAACUGACUUCUAAGAACAGAGAAUUGACAGAUAAUAUACAAGCAAUUACUAAAGACUACAAUAAAAUGAAGGAGCAGCAGGAAUACUCAAAGAAGAGAAUAAAACAGUUGACUCAGCAGAUAAACCAAGAGAAAAUGACCAAUGGAGAACUAGAGAUAAGACUCCAGGAGAUGGAAAAGUUAAAACUGGAACUGACUGUUCAAGAUAAAGCUGUCACUGCUCUCAGACUAGUAUGUGCUGAGAAAGACAGAAGAAUUGAAUUAUUACAACAUAGAAAAAAGAAAAAAAGACUGUAUAGAAACGUAGAAAAGAGUUCUCGUGGUGUAAAGGAGACAUUUUUCGGUUAUGAAGAAGACUCGAUAGAUUCUUCAGAGACGUCUUCCAUAUUGUCUCAGAGCACUAUAUCUGACGAGGAACUUUGUGAUGAGUUAUCAAGAGAAGAGAUAGAAAAGAAUUACCAGAGACUAAUGAAGGAACAUUUAGAACUUCAGAGAUUACACAACAUAUUACAGAAAUAUUGUGGUAGUAACACCAUGGAUCCAGAAAGACAUUUUAAGACUUGUAAGCAGUUAGAAUCUGAUCUGUUUGAUGCCAUGUUGAAUAUAGAAAAUCUGAGGACGCAAAUAAAAGAAACCAAGGAGGAAUCAAGCAAACUGAAAACAGAAGUUAAAGAUAUUAGAAGAUCUGAAAGACAAUUGAAUGAGAAGAAGAAUGAGUUGAUAUCAGAAAACUGCAGAUUAAAGGAUGAGUUAGUGGAGACUUAUGAGAAGAUAGAUGAUUUAGAGUUCAGAAUAGUAGAAAUAGAAAGCCAGAAUCCUAUUCCAGACAGCUACCAUGAGAGUGGUGUGUUGGAAACCAUUCUGGAAGAACCUGGUGAAGUUGAUAUAAACAUGGAUAGUAACUCUACCAUUGAAAACAUGGACAAAGACAAAUUAGUUCAGCAUGUCCAAAGUCUAGAGCAGACUGCAAAUGAACUUCAACAGAAAGUUAUUACUUUACAACAGGAGAAAGAAACAAUGGAAACUAAACUAAAGCAUCAUGGGAGUUUGGAAGAGAGGGAACAAAUGGAAGUGAUGGAAGCUAAGGUUCAAGAGGUCGACGAAGAUGGCGGAGAGGCCUCUCCAAGACAUAGAGCUGGUUCUUUUGACUCAAAUUACUCCUCGAGAGAAAUGAGCAAUACUAGCUUGGACUUAAGUGGCGAUGCAAAUCUUUCCUUUAUGUCAAAUUCCGAUCAUGGCAAUGCAUUUGCAGACAACUGUGUUGAUUUUGAAACAUUGAGUCGUGAAACAGAUUUCACACUGAGUCGUAUUUUUGACACUCAAAACAUGUCCUCCAGUGACUUGUCACAGCUGAAACUUCAUCUUAAUAUGCUUAGCCAAGAGGUAUGCAAAAUGCAUGCAGGAAAUGUGUCGCUUAAAAAUGAACUGCAUAACAGUAGUGUUAGACAAGAGGAGCUUGAGCAAGAUGAGAAUAAAUUACUCCAAAUCAUGACACUUUAUAGAAGUUUACAAGAUCAAGUAAAUCAGUUUGAUGUUACUGAAAAACAGCUGCGGGAAAAAUUAAAGUUAACAGAAAAUACAUUAGCUGAGUUGGAACAGAGUGAAUCUCAGUUACGAGAGAGGACAUUAAAGGCGGAGGAAAAAGAAAAUAGUGCUAGGCGACAGACUCAGGAAUAUUUAUCUAAAAUAGGAGAGUUGAAGGAAAUUAUAUUAGACAAAGAUAUGGUGGAAAGCAAACUGAGCGAGAAGGUUACAAUUUUGGGAAAGGCAGAACUGAUAUCCACUGAAAAAAUAAAGGAAUUAGAGGCUAGAAACAAUGAAUUGAAACAGAGGCUUGAUUUGAAAGAGGAAUUUGAAGCAGAUGUUACUUUUGAGAAAAAUCUAAAUGACACAAUAUCAGAACUUCAGACUGAAAAUGAUUCUUUGACAAUGAGAUGUUCAGAAUUGGAAGAAAACGAGGAAAUAUUGAGAAAUAAUUGGGAGAAAAGUGCUCAAGAACACAUCAAUAGGAUACAAUCUCUAGAGGAAAAAAUUGAAAGCUUAGAGUCGAGUAAUAUCGAGCUGAAGAGUAAAUUGGAAGAGCAGGAUACUGAAGCAGACGCACAUCGACCAUCAUUAGCUAUUGAGCUUUCAGAAGUUGACCAAUCAAAAGAUGAUUCUCAAAUCAAUCAAACCAUAGAGUUUUUGCUCCACCGGAUAAAUAACUUGGAAAGUACAUUAAGUUCAUUGGAGGAGGCAAAAAAUACAAAAAUUGAAAGUUUACAAGAACAAAUUGCCAAAUUAAAAGAGAAUGAAAUUAGAUUGAGUGAGACUGUUAGUGAAAUGGAGCGUGAAGAAAAAGAAUUGAAAUGUCAAUUACAAUUUAAUCAAGGGAAAAGGUAUUCAAAUGAUGCUGUUGUACAGUAUGAAGGCAAAAUCCAUGAAUUACAUCGGUCACAGGAAAAUCUGCUUGAGCAUUUAGAUUCAAUGGAAGAUCACGAGUCAGACUUGAAAGAAAGAAUGAGAGAAAUGGAGGAAAAAUAUGAAAGAAAAAUUGACCAUCUAGAGAAAGAAAUAGCAAAUUACAUAGAACAAGAACAGAUAUUUACAGAAAAAAUUUGCGAAUUUGAGAAAUUUGAAACAGAAAUGAUGGAAAAGUUAGAUGCUGCUGAUGAAGAAAACCAACAAUUAGCAGAAGAAAAUAGACAACUUAUUGACAAAGUGUUAAAAACUAGUCAACCUGAUAGAGAAUUAGAGGAGAGUGAAACAUCUGGAAUUAAUGGUCAGACUGAAAUGAUUGAUCAAUUAAAUAAUGAAUUAAGUGAAAUAAAAACUGAAAAGUGUCGCAUAGACGAACUCUUACAAAGAACUGAAACUGAACUGCAACAAGUCCAGUCGGAAAAUGACGAUUUAAAUGAACGCUUGAUAGAACUUGAUUCAUCCGAGCAGGAGUGUUUAGAAAAAUUACAUAAAUACGAACAUCAAGGUGCAGAGUUAACACACCUCCGUAAAAAGGUAGAUGUACUAGAAGAUGCUGAGAUAAAGUUAAUGGAUCGAGUGACUGAACUUGAAGAGAUAGAGCAGGGCCUUAGGGCUCAGUUAGACAAUAAUAACAAGGAUGUUCAAUUAUGUGUUCAUGAUCAAGAAACUGACACGAAUGACCUCAAUGAUAACAUUCCAUCAUUGUCGACAGAAGGUGAAAUCCCUCUUAAUGACACUUGUGUUGAGGAAUUCUGUGUUAAAUCCCAGGCUUUAAUCUCCGAAAGUAAGACUGACCACUUACGUUGUGAUAAACAAACUGAUACCAUUGAUCUGAUGGAUGUAAAAAGUGACGGAUCAAACAGUCCUGGUAAGGUCACUGGACUGUUUGAACGUUUACAAGAUUUAGAAAAUGAAAAUACAAGUUUGACGGAGAAAUUGUCUAGUUUGACAUCGACUGAUAAACAAGUAAGACAGUUAUCAGAAAAAAUUAAAAUGUUGGAAGGAUCAGAGGAUAAAUUGAUGGAGAGAGUCAUGGAGUUGGAAGAAAUUGAAGAUCGUGUCAAAGGAGAGUUAAGGAGAGCAAAGGCAGCAGAGAAUCGUCUUGCUGAAGUUGAACAAGAACUGUCAGAAGUACAAUCAACAAUGGAAGAUAUGGAAAACAAAGUGGAAAGUUUAGAAUUAGAAAAUAAUACAUUAAGAAAUGAACUUAAUUCCUCUGGUGUUAGCCAAGUACAUAGUGAAGCAAACUUUGAAAAGAUCUUGGAACUGGAACAUGCCAAGGCUGAUCUGACCAAAGAGAAAGAUAGCUUAUUGUUGCAUUUGUCUGAGGAGAAAACUAAAGCUUUGAAAGCUGAUAAUGAUUUAAAAGAAUUACAAAAUAAAUUCAAUGAAAUUCAAACUAAACUGGAUGAAACUGAAAAUUCUGAAAAAAGUCUUAAAGAUAAUCUGAAUUCUUUAGAAAAGGAAAAGGAAAAAUUGUUAGACACUGUUGAUGAUUUAGAACAUAAAGUUCAAACAUCAGAAGAGGACAUAGAUCAGUUUGAUAUGUUGAAAGAUAAAUUGGAAGACAAAAUUCAAAGGCUUGAAAAUGAAUUGGCUCAAGUGGAGGAAAGUGAGUUUGCAUUGAAAAAAGAUAAUAUUGAGGUGCACAAACUUAAUGAACAGCUAACACAAGGGAAUAAGGAUUUGGAGGGUCGGUUGGAGGAGACAAGAAAUAAGUUACGUGUGACAGAGGAUGCAAAAACAGAAACAGAAUCAAAACUUGAAAAUUCUGAAAAAUCAAAUGUUGAAUUACAAUCAAAUUUAGAAAGUGUUCAAAAAUCAAAAGAUGAAAUUGAAAAAACAAUUAAGGAUGCAAUAGAAUCAAAGAAGACUGCAGAGAGAAAAAUGGAAUUUGCAGAAAUUUCACGACAGCAAAUGGAGAGUAAACUUAAAGAGAUGGACCAACUAUAUGAAGAAGUGCAAUCAAAUUUAGAAAAUUCUAAAAAGACGAUUCUGAGUUUAAAAAGAAAAUCAUUAACUGCUGAAACAUCAAGUAUGGAGUUCCAGCUUAAAGUAGAGAAAGCCAACAAGGCAAAGAGUGAUGCUGAAAAACAAUUAGAAAUAGUAAGAAAAUCAAAUAGCUAUUUACAAUCAAAAGUGAUGAAAGGAUCGGGAUCAAGAUUAAGUUCUGAUAAUAAUCAAAACUCAGUGGAAAGUAUCCACACAGAUACAUGUAUGACAUGUGGAUCAAAUCUGAAACUGCCAAAACAGUUGUCCACAUUCCAGGGUGGAUUAGAUGAUUUAGUUCAGGAUUAUAGGGACCAAUUAGAACUGGAUACAUCUUCAUCCACUGACUGUAUACUCCCAAGUCAUCUGAUGACCUUAGACGAACCAUUCCAAGUUAUAAUGAAAGAUCUUAUGACAUGUAAACUUUGUAUAGUGAACAGAAUAUCUGGUCUACAGGAACAAGACAAGUCACUCAGAGAUGCUAACAAGUUGUUAGAGAACCAUUACAAGUCAGAGAUAGAGGAAUUGAAUAAAUCUAUAUCAACUGUCCAAAAAGAUAAAGUUACACUUCAGGAAGAAUUAUCUGUGUUGGAGAAGAAAAACCAAGAAUUCCAUCAACGACCAGAGCAAAAGUUGACCCAGAAUGUAGAUACUGAGGACAGUUCUAGUCAAACUAAUAACUCUGACGAAGACCAAGCCAGAGAACCCUUAACCAUGACGGGAGAAAUAGAAAAGCCAGAAGAUAUUCUUCGGCAGAGAAUCAUGGAGUUGGAAAAAUUAGAAAAACAUUUAAAGAAACAGGUAGCAGAUUUAGAAAGUGAUAGAGAAGAAUUGCAUGAUAUCACAAGGAAAGACAAAGCUUUGAUUCAUGAACAGAAUGUGAAAAUAAGGGAAUUACAGCUAGCAGAGAAAAUGUUAAAGGUUCAAGUCUCAAACUAUGAAGCCUCAGAAAAUAAGUUAUACAAGAAAGUUGGAGAACUUGAAAAUGAAAUAAGCAAAAUGGAGGACAGAAUAAGUGAUCUUGAAAUUCUAGAAAUGAGACUAAAAGAACUCGUAAGGAAAUAUAAACUAGAUGAAGAAGUGUGGUUAUCAAAAUCUGCCAAUUUGGAAACAUCAGUCUCAGAAUUAACUGUCUCUGAAUAUAAUUUGAAAAAGCAAUUAGAAAAUGUUCAAAAGGAGAAAUUAAGUUAUUCAGAAAAAUCAGAAUAUUUGGCAUUACGAUUGAAGGAAUUAGAAAAUGCAGAAGCUAAUUUAGUUCAGAGAAUGAAAGACCAGGAGAAUAAAGAAAAAGCUAUGAAUCAAAGACUAGGGGAAUUAGAAAGUUCUGGAAGUAGCACAGAGGCACAAGCUGUGGAACUUCAUAAUUCAAACAUAGUGUUAACACAACAAUUAAAUCAAGCUAUUCAGGAAAACGGUGCUUUAGUCCAUCAGACCUCUCAGUUACAAAGUCAGCUGAUCAUGUUGGAUCAACAAUGUGUUUCCUUACAUGAAGCUUACUCACAACUCAAGGAAGAAAAACAUGUGUUAGAAAAGUCUGAGAAGGAUUUGGAGAGUAAAGUGAAGGCAAAACGGUUAUCUGGAGUUGAUAUCGAGGAACAAUUACAUAAACUGGAGGAAAAUGAGAAAAUGUUGAAAGAAAAAAUCAGUACAUUGCAGAGAAGUGAAAAUAGACUGAAGUAUAAGGUUCAACAAAUAGAAAGUUUUGACAGUCAGGAAUUAUCAGAGGUGUCAGAAAGUAAAAUACCUCAUAAACUGGAGGAAUGUCAACAAAGAUUGGUCAUUCUGAGGAAACAGAAUAUUCACUUGAAGAGCAGAUUACUGGAGUAUCAGAACCUAGCGUCUUCAAAGUCAGUAGUCAAACUCCCACAGAAGGAGUAUAAACAGAUGGAGGCACGUGUGGCCCUGAUAGAGCAUACAGAAGCUCAGUUACAUAAUGUUGAGCAGUUGAAUGCUCAGUUACAACAGAGAAAUGACCAGCUGCUACAGGGAAAGCAAGCCCCUGAAACUGAAGAAGAAAUGAAAAUUUUAAAGGAAAGAUUGAAACAGAAUGAAGUUCAUCUUCAGAUUUUCAGACAGCUUGCUAUAGAUGGUCAGUGGGAUGAGAUUCUCCCUAUAUUAAAUUCAGUGAAUUUAAUAAAAGGCUAUCGAACUGUAGAAUCAGCUGGUCUCCAAACAGAGGGACGAAAGACUGUUACCUCUAUGGCUGGUCAACCUUUAGAAGAAUUGGCCAAACAGAUGGUCAAUACUGACCUACAUAUGGCCAGAUACCCUGAUGACCAGUCAGAUGAUAGUAUGGUAGAUGAGUACCGGUAUAUAACUCCGGUAGAAAAAAGUUGUGCUGAGUUAGAGAUAACUGAGGAUGGACAUUUUAUUCUAUUGAAUCAGAAUAAAAGGGGUACAGAUCAAAGUAAACCUACAGCAGAGGAGAAGAGGAAAUUAAUAAAUGAUCUAAUCAGCCAUCUUGAUAAAGAUAGUGAUGACCUUGACAGUUCCAUAGAGGAGAUUCAUUGGAAAAAGGUCGAAUCACUCCUGCCUGUGAAAUCACAGGAGAGAAAAUGGAUAACAGUUGGGCAAGCAACUAGUCUGCAUUCCAGCCGACCGGGUGAUACCAGGAACAGAGAAGAGGAACUGGUUCUCGGUCUUGAAUUACCUUCAGAGAGUGAAGGAAUGACACAGAAUGGCACAGAUUCCAAUACAUCAAGUCCUGUCCUGAAAAGACGAAAAUUCCUUUCAGCUGACAGCACUGACAUGGUAAAGUCACAUUCAGGGCAACACCACAUGAUGCCUCCAUCGACAGUCUCUAAAACACCUGAUAGUCUAUCAUACUAUCUACCAAGCUCAGAACAGAAUAGUGGGGAUGAUAUGCAUGGUUUUGUAGAAGAGAUAAAAAGCCAUGCUGCCCCUGUUAAUUAUGCUGCUCCAAGAUCAUCUAGUCUACAUGACAGUGGUCAUGUGACUGCCUCGACAGGAAGAGGCACAUCUCUGCGGGAGCGAAUUUUGGAAAUUGGGAAAACACUGGAGAAAAAAGUAGCUCCUUAUUCAGAAAUAUCAGAUGAAGAAGAGAGUCUGUUUACGUGGAAGACAAAGGCUUAUGAAGCCAGAAGAAAUUUUGAUAAUGCAGAGAAAGAAGUAAAACACAGUAAAGAUGAGAUUAACAAGUUAGAGAAAGAACUUGAAGAAAAGUGUAGAUACAUAGAAAUUUUAGAAGCUUUUGUAGAAGUAUUACAGAACCUACUUUGUAACAAAGAGAAUAAAAAUGAUAAAGAAGUACUGAACGGAAUUGAAGUUGAGGUGCACAGAAUGAAACAAAAACUUACCGAUCAGGUGACACAUAGCACAGGAAGUGAUGUCACAACAGAACUCAAACGUAAAGAACGAGAACUUCAGGCAAAGAGAAAUGAAGUAGACAGUUUACUGGUGGAGUUAAGACAAUGGCAGGAGGAGUGUAGAACAAUAGAGGAUAUGAGAGUGAAUGCCCUUGAAUCAUUACAUUGUCUAGAACAAGAAGUAUCAGAAACACAUACAUCAGAAAAACACCUGAAACAAGACUAUAAUCAACUGCACGAACAGAUAUCAACAUUAGAAACAAAUAAAGAAGAUUUAACAAAGAACAUUGCCAUUUUAAAAGCCAGGAUUAGUCACCUGACACAGAAAUGUAAAGAAAAGGACAGUCUUUUACGUCGCCUUAAAGAUGAAUUUUGCCAAGGAUCUGGAAAAUCAUCAGCUCUGCUAGAGGAGCUUAAAGUUAUGGAAUCUUUUAUGGACAAACAAGAUUAUGAUAGUCCAUCAAUGUUAUCUAAUGGUAAACCCCCUGACCAGAAUGACAGACAUUUAAUAUCAGAACAGUUUGUACAAGGAGAGAUACCUAAGAAUCCACACUUCACAGUAGUAUCCGAUUAUGAUCCUUCUCUGUUUUCCAAAAGUAACAGUCCGAGACUGGAACUACAACUGAAAAAGGGAGAUAAUGUUCUCAUUACAGGUCCAUUAGAUGACAGAGGUUAUUUUGAGGCUGAGGUUAAUGGAAAAGUAGGUUUGGUACCAGCAGCUUAUUUAGGUAGACCUCCUGUAAAUGGCCACCAUUUUCCCACAGCUAAAGACAGGCGGUGGCAACAGUACGAGAAACCACCAAAUCACCUGGAUACCUCACCAGAAAAUAUUGUUCAGAUGUAUGGCCAGUUAGUUAAACAAGGGAAAUCUGGUUACUCCAGUCCCAAGUUUAAUGGAUUAAGGAAAACAACUGGUCAAAACAUCAAUCAAGCUGUUCCUGAUCCACCACAAGAUUUCCAGGCCGUGGAAACAGAAAGGGGGAUAACUUUGUCAUGGAAACCUCCUGCAACACCAGUUACUGGAUAUAAGAUAUUUGUGGACGGAAAACUUCACCGACACCUUACCAAAGCAAGCAUAACCAGACUGGUCCUCCACAGUAUCAGUAUGGACAGGGACCACAUAUUUGGUAUCGAGUCAGUCUGUGACAGACAAGUGUCGGAGAUUAUAGAUAUCUUCUAUGGAGACAACGAUUCUAAAGAAGACAGAGUAUUAACAAGUCACGAAUUUAUAAAGUUACAUCAGAGACAAUACUUGGGCAUCUAUGAUUAUGACCCACAGAAACAGUCUCCGAGAGCCGAUACAUCACAGGAACUGGCAUUUAGUGCUGGAGAUUCCAUAACGAUAUACGGAGAAGAAAGACGGGAUGGGUACUUUUAUGGUUGUGUUGAUGGACAAUAUGGUUUAGUCCCAUCGUAUUUCGUUGAGGAAAUUCCAAAGACAAACAGACAGAAAUUUAAUGUUGAUUCACACAAAUACAACACUAGAUGACACCACACAUAAAGCAGUUGAACAGUGCUAUACCCAACUACUCAGGAAGAUUAUAAUUGGUCACAUGAUCCAGUGUUGACCAAUGACAACAGUGCUAUAUAAACUGUACUAAAGACUGGACCACUGUGCAUUAGAUUCAGUAUCAUUAUAUUGAGAAAUCAUUGAAAACGUGCAAUAUAUAAACUUCUUAAUUAAUUAAUUAUAGCUUUUACUGCCGAACCAUUUAUCUGUAUCUAUUGUAUGGCAUCAUAAUAAUAGUUUAAUCAUUUAUUUUUUUAGUUUUCUGUUUAAACCAACAGCAUUGUCAAAGGCCAAUCUAUACAAUUCAUUUAAAAUUUCAUACAAAGGAUUGUUAUCUUGCCAAAAAUUAGUUUUUAUGGUAUAUGCUGAUAUUUAAUUUGUUAUCAAACUUUGAAAAUGAAUAGUUAAACCCAAAAAUUUUGAUUAGAAAAUUGAAUUUUUAUAUAUGAUUUUACACCAUUUUAUUGUCUUGUUGUUUAAUAUUUUGUUAAAAUUUGCUAUGCAAUACAUGUUUAUGUUUUGAUUAAGAAAUUAUAUUUUGUAAUUUAAAAUAUAUUUCUAAUACUUGUAUAUUGUUAUGAAUCAAACAUGCUUAAAAGUGUAUAUUUUGUGAAAUAUAUUUAUAAGUAAAGUCUACCAUUUGUGAGUCCAUUGCUUCCAAUAAAGUAAAUCAUAGUUAAAUAUUUACAAAUAUCAUUAUUAAAGACACCUUGUAAAAUUAUCAUGUUUGUUUAUAAAACAUUUAAUGAUUGUAUUGAAUAAAGAAACAUUUCGGUUGUGAUAAUAUGAAUUAAUGUUUCAAGGGCACUUCACUCUGUUAAAGCAUCGAAAGAAGAUCAUGUGUUUUGCAAUCUCUUUGUUACAAAGCUAUUUGUUAUUUAUAUAUUUUUAUAAGUAAGUAAUAAACAUAUUUUAUGAAACAGA